UGCAUUUUGGUCACAAAGCUUAGAUCACUGUUUUAUUUAUGUUUAUACCAUUAUACUGACAUAAGUUAACUUAACAUUUGAUGUUAACAUUUCUUUUUUUUAUGUUACUGAAGUUGCAAUCUAAAUAAAAACAAUUUGAAUAAAAUGUGUAUUUUUAGGAACUACACUCCCCACUCUCAUAUGAAUACUGACAGAUGAAUGCCUGCCAGUGCUUACGAAACACAGGGUGGAUCUCAGAGUAUUGGAUGUGACAUUUAAUUCUAGUUAUGUUCAUGGUACUUUCCCUUCAAAUAAUUUCCUCUUGCACCUGUAGCCUUUAAAAAGUCCCAUUAAUGAUUCAUGCUGAAUAUCACACAAAGCCUAUAAUUAGUCAGGAAUGUGUCAGUCCUAUGGUUAGGCAUUCCCAGAUGACCUAGAUAUGAAGCUUACACACAGCGACUACUGCACAGCAUAUUUGAACAUUUUCUGGUGGUAAAAAUAAGAUUCAAUUCUUAUAACAAAUAAUGUUUUGCAAUCUGGUCUUUGCAUUUUUGUCCCUCUGGAGAUUCUCCUUCUCUUGUGAUACAAUGAAAAAUGCAGUAGCUCGACAACAAGGGGACAUUAUGAUUGGAGGGAUCUUUCCUAUUCAUGAUGGCAUUUCCAGGCAAUCUGAGAAUACUUUUUCACAGGACUUCCAAUGUGUCGGGUUACGUCUGCGGCAUAUGAUUGAUGCCAUGUCCAUGAUAUAUUCAAUAGAAAAAAUAAACAAUUCCACAUUAUUAUCAGGAAUUACCCUGGGCUAUGAAAUUUAUGAUUCAUGUUCCAGUGCGCUGAAAGCAGUGCAAUCCAUAAUGCACCUUAUACCAGAGACUGUUGCUGUGAACAAUUCUACAAACUGCAGCCACACAGAAAUUAUACCUACCAUCAAAGCUGUAGUUGGAGAAGAGUACUCAGAAAUGUCCAUUGCAAUUUCCAGGAUUCUUAACAUCCAUUUAAUACCACAGAUAAGUCCUUCAUCGUCUUCUGUGGUUCUCAGUGACAAAGUCAAGUUCCCUUCUUUUCUACGCACCAUCCCUAAUGAUAAUCACCAAACACUGGCUUUAGCCAAGCUAGUAGCUACAUUUGGAUGGAACUGGGUUGGCAUCAUUUCAUCAGAUGAUGAUUAUGGGCGCUCUGCUGUUGAACAUUUGAACAUUUUCUUUAAACAAGAAGGAAUAUGCAUUGCUUUCACCAAAAUAAUACCUACAUAUAUUGAUCACCCAGAUUUGGCAGAUUCGUUAAACAAUAUCAUGAAUGAGUUCAUGAUUGAGUCCAAUGAUUUCUACCCCACAGACGUUGUUAUCGUUAUUGUUAAAACUCAGAUUGUUUCCAAGCUUUUUGAAGAAUGCAUCAGAAGGAAUAUAACGAAGACGUGGAUCGCAAGUGAUAUCUGGGCAACAUCAAAUGAAGUUUCAAGUGCUGAAGAAAUUAAAAGAGUUGGAACUAUACUUGGACUUAAUUUCAAAGGAGGCAACAUCCCUGGCUUUGCAGACUAUCUGAAAAAUCUCAAAGCUUCAAAAUAUGGAGAAAUGAAUAAGUUCAUUGCAGAGUACAAGAACUUACGAUUUGGAUGCACAGAGGAUUACAUAAAGUAUUUGGAAUGUAUUAAUUCAUCGUCAAAAUAUUGUGCUCUCACUGAUUCCAUAGAGAAGAAAUCUCCCUUGGCAUGUAAAGUGGAGGACAUUUUGUCGGCAAAUGAUGAUUAUUUACUACAAAUUGCUGAAUGGAGAGCAGAAUACAGUACAGCUCUUGCCAUAAAUGCCAUAGCUCAAGCUCUCAGAAACAUUUUGUGUAAAAAGGGCAAAUGCGAAAUUGACUUGAAUCUGUCACCAAGUCAGUUACUCGAUGAGCUAAAAAUGGGUCAUUAUUAUUUUAAUGAGGAGAAGUUCAACUUUGAUAGCUCUGGUGAUGUGCUAACAGACUACGAUAUCAUUUACUGGAAACCUACUAACAACACCAUUGAAUUCCUUACUAUUGGGGCAUAUAAUACUACUGGAGGCAAAGUAAAGAUAGAGAGAAAUGAUAUUUUAUGGCAUACAAAUGACAACAAGGUGCCAUUUUCAAAUUGCUCAAAAACAUGCAUGCCUGGCUUUUUCAAAAAACAUUCGGACAUUACCUGCUGUUAUAAGUGUUUAAAGUGUCCUGAAGGAUACUACACUUCUGAAUCUGACAUGACCGAAUGUUCAAAGUGCCCUUUCUACCAGUGGUCAGAGUAUGGAAGUUCUCACUGUACAAACAGGACAAUACAAUAUUUAGAAUGGAAAAACCCAUAUGCUGUAGCACUUAUUGUUUUUGCAGCCAUUGGUAUUCUUACUGUGUUAUUAAUAGCAAUUUUGUUUAUAAAGCACAGAGAUACUCCAGCAGUUAAAGCAGCUGGGGGUAAUUAUUCAUAUCUAUUGCUUUCUUCCUUGUUAUUUAGCUUGAUGAGCAUUAUCUUUUUCAUUGGUCAGCCAAGUAAUAUUUUCUGCCAAAUCAGACAACCAUUUUACGGUAUCAGUUUUACCCUGUGUGUUUCUGGCAUCCUAAUAAAAUCUUUACGGAUUCUUUUAGCCUUUGAAUCAGGUAAAAGAGGUCGUAAAAUUGUGCUUUUCCAGCCAAUAAUAAUUAUUUGUGUAUCGACUUUCCUUCAGAUUUGCAUUUGUUUAACAUGGCAGAUUGUAAAAAGUCCUUAUUUAAGUGAACUCUACUCAGUGCCUAAGCUCCUACUUCUGCAGUGCAAUGAAGGUUCCUAUGGGGCUUUUGGCAUCAUGCUGGGAUACAUUGGACUGCUUGCUUUUAUAUGCUUCAUAUUAGCCUACAAAGGAAGAAAGUUGCCUGAGAAAUACAAUGAGGCCCGAUGUAUCACCUUCAGCAUGCUCACAUACAUGUUUGUAUGGAUUGCAUUUAUCCCUAUCUAUAUGAAUACCAGUGGUAUGUAUGUCUCUGCAGUACAAGUUUUUGCUAUUCUGGCUUCUGUUUAUGGAGUAAUCUUCUGCCACCUUUUGCCUGUAUCAUAUAUUGUACUGUUCAAAAGAAACACCAACAACACAGAAAGGUACCUGAACAGCAUCCGUGCAUUUUGGAUUAAGAAACCAGAAGUCUCAUUUCCCCAAAAUAAAGUAAUUCAUUCUUCACCUUCCAAUUCUAUACUGAGGAAAAGGUGCAGGAGUUUUUAAUGACUGGGGAACAUUGCAAUCUUUUCUAUAAUGCAUUAUACUUGGGAAAUGUGGUUACAUAGCAUUAAAAUCCCCCCUUUUUUUCAGUGCAGAAGACCCUUGAACACCUUCACAAACUGCAUCUCACUAACUCUUCAAACUAUAUGCAAUCAGUGUAUUUAUUUGCGUAUGUUGGGUAUUUUCAUGCAGUAAAUUUGUGUUGCUGCUAAAACAACAUUGUUUCCCAUAAUUCCAUAGAGCACCUCCUUGAUCAGCACAUGUGCAGUACAGCAGGUCUUUCUAUUAAAUGGGUUGUUAACCUUUGCGUUAACUUAUAGUAUGAUGCAGGGACCGUUUUUCUGAGGCUAUUUGCAAUUGGUUUUUAUUUUUUUUUAUUUGUGGUUUUGAGUUAUUUAGCUUUUUAUUC